AAACCGAGGAGGAAAGGAGGGAAGGACGAAGGGACUAUUCACUAGGGUCAAAGGCUCUCUCAUCUCUCUCGUGCGGGCGAGCGCGCAGCGGACCACCCACCCACCCAGGGUUACAGGUUACAUACAAUCCAGAACAGGCCAAAAGAAGCCAGCCAAGAUUGCUCGCACGCUAGCGAAGGAAUGCCCCUCUCAGUCAAGAACGAUAGUAGCUCUUUUGCCCCCUGCUGACCCGCUUACUCCGAUCCGAACCACUUCACUUCACAGCAAGCUCAACGACGCUCGUCCCGCUAGUUGUCGGCCUCUCUGCCAUUAAAUCUUAUCUCUGAUAGUCAACCAGCCAGCUCGCGUGCGCUGUGCUGCUAACCCCUCGAGAGAAUCUGCUUCCCUCAACAGAAUCACCUGACUGUAUUUUAGACAUCUUUGAGUCGACUAAAAAAUCACCACCAGAAUCAUCUGACUGUAUUUUAGGCAUCUCCAUAGAGAGACACGCGCGCCUAGGGAUUCAUCGAAGCGCCAUCGCUGACUUCUGCCAGGGUAGUUACUUUCGACAAUUGCCUUGGGGCAAUUUUGCCUCCGUCGAACAGCACACUUUCCUCUCACCAAUAUUGUUAGAAUCUGCUAUUGCUUAUUACGGAGACGGAGAUGGCGGGUAAUCGGCGAAAUCUGGUAACCCUAUCGCUCUCUGUGCUACUGUUCGUCGCCUUCGUUGAGAAGAGUCCGCCUGUCGCCUUGGCGUAUGGUCGAUUCAAGCAUAGAAUGGCGCCCAUCCCUUUCCCUAACGUCACCAAUCCAGACCCCCCCGAGCCCUGGACGUGCGACAUUUCCUCCGGCGCCUGGUCGCUUUCCACGAACCUUCCGCUCUACACCGGGCUGACGUGCCCCUACAUCCGCUCCGGCCACAACUGCCAGCGGGCGGGGCGCUCCGAUAUGAGCUACCAGAAGCUGAGAUGGCGGCCGUGGGGAUGUAAGGUGGUGCAGCUAACCCCGCAGCGACUACUCAACCUUUUCCGCAACAAGACCGUAGUGGUGUUCGGCGACAGCGUGUCCAAGGACCUAUCCACGUCGAUCAAGUGCGCGCUCAACGCCGCCAAUCCCAACUGGACGCGCUUCAAGCUGGCAGGGGGGACGACCAGAGUGUGGGGAGAGAAGAUGGAUCCACACAACAUCCGCUUGGCAUCCCUCUUCUCCUCUCACCUCAACAACAUUGGCCUCCUCUCUGAUGCACUUCAGCCUCCCUCCGUGCCUGGCUCCGGCAAGAGAAAGCAAAGUGCAGCAGCUGCUGCUGCUGCUGGUGCAUUAGAAGCAGAGACAGCGGCCGAAACAGCAGCAGGGGGGGCAGUGUCAACGGAAUCAGCCAUCGCACGAGCCAUUGCCAUGUCGGCUGCAGCAGACGCAGCAUGGCCACGAGUGUCAACAGCAGUAGCAGUAGCGGCAGCUGCAGCAGCAGCAGACGAAGAAGCAGCAGUGGCAGUAGCAGCGACAGUGGGAGAAGCAAAAGCGGGGAAGAAGAAACCGAGCAUCGUGUCUCCCCAGGCGCAGCAGCAAGCAAGACGCAUUUAUCUAGACCAAAUCGACCCGAAGAUUAAAGACCUCCUCCCAAAAGCCGACAUAGUUAUAUUCCAGGCUACUAAUUGGUGGUACGCCUCUGACAACCAGUGGUUCUUAGGCGGGCAGCAGCAAAAGAUCACCCGGAACGCGGCCUACGCGAUCGGGCUUAAGACUUUGAAAAACUAUGUGGAGAGCUCAGGUUUUGCCGGUAAGGCAGUGGUGAUGGGGGUAUCGCCGUCGCAUUACAUCGUCCCGGAAGCGGGAAUGAAGGAGGGAAAAUGCGAUGUCAACCAUCCGAUGACUUGGAACCAGACACAAGAAGUGAGGCGGAUGGAUAGCCGAUCGUUUGAAAUGCGCAAAGUGCAGCUACAGGUGCUAAAGGGGUCCAAGUUACGUUACGUGGAUGUGUUACCAAUGAGCUUCUGGCGUCCGGAUGGGCAUUUAUCAAAAUGGACCACUCCAGGCGGGAACACAGGGAAGCAUGACUGCCUGCAUUGGUGUGAAGCUGGCGUAACAGACUCGUGGCUGGAGAUGCUUUAUAACACACUGCUAUAAGUGGCAGGCUACACUCAAGCAGCCUAAACAGUAUGUCCAACUGCACGUUGGAUGAUUAGGUAGAAGGAAGCAGAAAAACAUUGGCAUAAUAAGGGCAUUCCACCUGUCUGUCACAUCCUCUGCCUCGCUCAGCGAAUACAGUAUGUGCUCACUGCUCUCUGCUGUACAGCAUGUACCCUGUGCCCAUAAA